AUGGUCAAGGAAACCAAGUUCUACGACACCCUCGGGCGAGACGGACAGGUCCCCCCCACGGCCACUGAGGCCCAACUUAAGACUGCCUACAAGAAGGGUGCUUUGAAGUAUCACCCUGUUACCUCGUUCGGUGCACUAAUCAGUGUUCCUACACCCACAGACAAGAACACCAACAACCCUGAAGCUGCCGAGAAGUUCAAGGAGUUGUCCCACGCUUACGAGGUCCUGUCCGACCCCCAGAAGCGUUCCCUCUACGACCAGCUCGGUGAGGAGGGUCUCGAGCAUGGCGGUGCCGGCGGCGGUAUGGGCGCUGAGGAUCUGUUCGCCCAGUUCUUCGGCGGCGGCGGUGGUUUCGGAGGCAUGUUCGGCGGCGGCAUGCGCGACCAGGGCCCCAAGAAAGCCCGCACUAUCCACCACGUGCACAAGGUCAACCUGGAGGACAUCUACCGCGGUAAGGUGUCGAAGCUGGCUCUGCAGAAGUCCGUCAUCUGCGCGGGCUGUGACGGUCGCGGUGGUAAGGAGGGUGCUGUCAAGUCCUGCACGGGCUGUAACGGCAGCGGCAUGAAGACGAUGAUGCGCCAGAUGGGUCCCAUGAUCCAGCGCUUCCAGACCGUCUGCCCCGACUGUAACGGCGAGGGCGAGAUCAUCCGCGAUAAGGAUCGCUGCAAGAAGUGUAACGGCAAGAAGACCGUGGUCGAGCGUAAGGUCCUCCACGUCCACGUGGACAAGGGCGUCAAGAACGGACAGAAGAUCGAGUUCCGCGGUGAGGGUGACCAGAUGCCCGGCGUGAUGCCCGGUGAUGUGGUCUUUGAGAUCGAGCAGAAGCCGCACCCUCGCUUCCAGCGCAAGGAUGACGAUCUCUUCUACCAGGCUGAGAUCGACCUGCUCACCGCUCUCGCCGGUGGCACCAUCAACAUUGAGCACUUGGAUGAGCGCUGGUUGACCGUCAACAUCGCCCCUGGCGAGGUUAUCACUCCCGGUGCUAUCAAGGUCAUCAAGGGCCAGGGUAUGCCUUCCUACCGCCACCACGACUUCGGCAACCUCUACAUCCAGUUCGACGUCAAGUUCCCUGAGAAGGACCAGCUCAAGAACCUCGAGUUGCUCGAACAGGUCCUGCCUCCCCGUUUGGAGCAGCCCAAGCCCGCGGCUGAUGCCAUGGUCGAGGACUUCGAGAUUGAAGACAUUGACGGCAGCGAUUACUCCCAGGCGCGCGCCCAUGGAGCUGCCAACUCCAUGGACGAGGAUGACGAUGAUGUUCCUCCUGGUGCUGAGCGCGUGCAGUGCGCCUCUCAGUAA